AUGACUAUGAGUACAAAUAACUGUGAAAGCAUGACGUCAUACUUCACCAAUUCCUACAUGAACUCCGACAUGCACGGCCACUACCCGGGGACGGGCGUCGACGGGCUGGACACGAGCCAGCAAAUGUACAGCCACCACAAUCAGACCCACGCCAACCAGGCCAAUAUGCCUCCGUAUCCGCGGUUUCCGCCGUACGAUCGGAUGGGUUACUAUCAGCAGACGAUGGAUCCGGCCGGGUACGCGCGUGCCGAUAGUCCGUCGAGCCAGGUGGGUGGUGUGAUACCUCCGCAAACGAAUGGCAAUCCUUUGCAGCAAACGCAAGUACAACCGCAGCAACAGCAACCAAUCGUUUACGCAAGCUGUAAAUUACAGGCCGCCGUAGGCAACGGCCCAACCGGGCUGGGUACGUACGGGGCAGAGAAUGGAUCUCCUCCGCUCGAGCAGAUGGGCCAUCAUAUGAGCACGGCGCAAAUGACAAUACCUCAGCACCACAUGGGCCACGCACAGGGACAGGAAUGCUAUCCGGAGCAAGUGCAUCAAAAUCCGCAGCACAUGGGCAUGUACGCGAACGCGGCCGGCGGGCCCCCGGGGGUCGUGCCACAACAACCGCCAAAUAUGAUGCACCAACAACCUCCCCAACUUCACCAAGGACAACAGCCACCGCCAAAUAGUCAGAACGCCAACUCCGGCUUGCAGUCACCGCUAUAUCCCUGGAUGAGGAGUCAGUUCGAGCGAAAACGUGGUCGACAGACGUACACAAGAUACCAGACACUGGAGCUGGAAAAGGAGUUUCAUUUCAAUCGUUAUCUAACUCGACGACGAAGGAUCGAGAUCGCGCACGCACUCUGUCUAACGGAACGCCAGAUUAAGAUCUGGUUUCAAAACCGACGGAUGAAAUGGAAAAAGGAAAACAAGACCAAAGGAGAACCGGGCUCAGGCGACGAGAACGAUAUGACACCGCCACAAUCUCCGGCAUAA